AUGGUGUCCCAGGGGCAACAGCUGCUCUCACAUGUGGGGCCCACUCAACAGGGGCUGGUACCAGGACCACCAGUAGAGGAAGUUUCUCCAAAAGCUGCAAACUCUGCCUGGGACAGUUCCUGCUGCUGCUGCUACUGCUGCAUCAGCACCUGGGUGUGCAAUCAGGGCAAGCCACAUGGCACACCUGACCUCAAGAGAGAGGACUGCAGUCCCAACUGUGCCCCAAGGAAGUGCUGGAUCAUCUGUGGGACAGAACUAAUGUUCAUGGCAGCAGUCAACCAAAUGCCAGAUGCCCUGGGUUUACUGGGAACUGAAGAAGAAGUUAGACUGACCUCAACCAUGAUAAGGUUAGCAGACAAGGAUGGGCAGACCCUGAGGGCAACAGCUUCCCCUCAGCCAAACAUGGAGGUGGUCCUGGAAGAAGUAAGCAGAGUUGUGUCUGCCUUGUCUGAAGACAUGGAAACACACCCUAGUCCUUAUGGCUGUCCGUGGGAGUUGGUGAUAUGUACAGCUAUUGUAUUUUUUGUUGUUCUCUUGUUUUUGUGGAGAAUUUAUCAGUCUGUGAGAAGCAGGUGUUACUUGAGAAGAGAAGAAAAGCUUGCUCUAAAACUUUCUGGACUAAUUGAAGAAAAAUGUGAACUACUUGAAAAAGUUAGCCUUGUUCAAAAAGAGUAUGAAGGCUUAGAGUCAUCUUUAAAGGAUGCCAUUUUGGAGAAGGAGUCAGUAGAAACAGAAAAUUUGGAGAUAAUAUAUGAAAACCUGGAUAGGUCUGUAUCUAAACUUGAGGAUGAAAUACUCUUUUUAGAAAAAGAGCGAAAAGAAGAAAAAACUAAACAUUUUCAGCAGGAUGAAUUGAUGGUGGAUAUAUUAAAAAGAAUUAAGUCUCUAGAAGAUGAGUCAAAAUCCCUCAAAUUUCAAGCUAAAACAAUCUUGAGAAUGUUUAAAAUGAAUAAAGAAGCAGUUGCAGUAGCAAUAAAAGAGGCUUUGAAUGAAAAUUCCCAACUUCAGGAAAGUCAGAAACAGCUUUUAAAAGAAGUUGAGGUAUGGAAAGAAAAAGUGAAUGGACUCAAUAAACAGAAAAUGACAUUUGAACACUCUAAAGUACAUGCAGAACAAGUUCUAAGAGAUAAAGAAAAUCACAUUAUCUCUGAACACUUGCUGCAGAUAAAAGAUUGGGCUCCUGUGCUUGCAGAAGUCCUAACAAAUGAUGACAACAUACAACUUUUUUUUUUGUCUUUUUUUUCAACAUACAACUUUAUGAAGUUUUAUGAACUGAAGAAAAAAGGCUACAAGCAGCUCAUUAACCAGAGGAAUUCAAGUGAGUCUUCCAGGACUGUGGAACUCCAUACUUUGUCCCAACCUUUGUUUUCUUACACUCAUCAAAGACAUUUCCACCUUAUGAAAUCCCAAGCUAGCAGCACAGCCUUUCUGCUACAGAUAUUUCAAGGGUGCCUGAUCCAAUUGGCCAUGUGGUGCCCAUGGGACUUAAAAGUUCCAGAUCAUCUUACCCUCCAACACCAGGAAUCAGAACCACAGUUUCACUGUACCACAAUCUUAAAAAUGAGCCAAAUGAGCACAAUCACAAUCACCAACAUUGAAGUUCUUGAAAGCCAGCUUGGAAACAGCCCUCAGUAUGGUCCUGACCCAGGUGGAGAUGUCCAGGAAUCCACAGUCUCUAAUGCUCACAUGAUAUAUUGUUGA